AUGGCUACGCCCAAGAGCGUCGAUGCCGACGCUGCUGGUACGCGCUUCGAACCCACGUCCCCGCAUGCCUCGACGUACGACGAAACCUCAGAGUUGAACCAAGCGGGGUGUUCCCUUCGCUUUAUGACGCUGCUGUCGCUGCCGCGCAUGGCCAUCGCGAUGGCGUGGUCGGCCCAAACCGCCGUUUACGGCCCGUUGCUCCAGAUUCUCUUGAGCUCAACAUCGGUACAGCUCGUGCAAAUGGCCGGGCCAAUCUCGGGCGUGCUCUUGGGCCCGACUGUCGGUGUCUGGAGCGAUACCUGCACGAGCCGCUUUGGGCGGCGGCGUCCAUUCCUCGCCCUUGGUGCCGGCGCAAGCAUCCUCUGCUGGGUACUGCUCAUGUACAUCAUGCCGAUCGGGCGAGCGCUCGGCGACACAGACAUCGACCGUCCGUGGACCAGUUUUCUCGCAGUGCUCUGCUAUGUCUGGAUCGACAUCACGCUCAACGUCGCCCAGGUGCCGCUCAAUUUAAUCUUGGCCGACUUUGCCGGCGACCGACAAGUUACGGCGCAGGUCGUCGGUGGCCUUAUCACCGCCGUCGGCUACUUGAUCGUGGCAGCGUACACGUAUCUCUUUGGUGCUGCGUACAACAGCCUCCAGUCCUUCUUGGGCGUCCUCAUCGGCAUCAUGUUUGUCUCGUCUGCGUGUGUGUGCCUCUGCGUGCACGAGCAGCGGCUGCCAACGUCAUCGACGUCGGUGUCAACGCCGUCGGUGCUCACCGCUGUGCUGGGAGCUGUCUACACGGGCGUGCGCGACCUCCCGCCGCCGCUACGCAUCUACUUUGCGAUUGCGUUCUUGACACAGUACGGCUACACGGCCUACAACUCGUCGAAAGGCCAGUUUUUUGGGCUUGUCGUCAAUGGCGGCAACGCGGCCGGCGCCGAUACGUGCGACAGCACCUGCUCUCUUGCGCAAGAUGCCUACAACCGCGGUGUGCAGCUGGCUGGCAGCGCCGACGCCCUCUACAUCGUAGGACUCGCCUACUUGCUCUUCUUGCCUAGUCUCGUGCGCCGGUUUGGCGUCAAGCGCCUCGUGGCCUAUGGCUGCGUGCCGCAGGUGCUGCUGCUCUUGCUGGCGUUUUGCAAAGAGACAGCCUGUACCAUCAUGGCGCUUGCGAUGCCACUCGUGGUGCACGUGCUCGGACCGGACGCCGACGCCGGGCGAUUUGCCGGCGCCCUCAACUCGGCCUUGUGCUUUGGGCAACUGCUCAACUUUGCGUGCGCGUCGGUGGCUGUCAACACAGCGUGGGGGUAUACGCUACCCAUCUUCCUCGGUGGCCUCUGCAGCGUCGCCGCGUGGCUCAUCGCCGUUGUGUUCUUUGACGUGGACAUGCAUUCGAUGUAG